AGCGGCGCAGCCGGGUCCCCACGCGUGCUCCGGGCACGGGAUCCGGGUGUCCACAGGUAGUUGUUGAGGAAAAAUUACCGUGGAAGUCCCAUCUCUGAAAGCUCUGUUUCCAGACAUGACAUUUCAACACCAACUUCCCAGCACUGCUGUAGUGGUUGUAGCUCUGCUGUGGCAAAAUAGGAAUUGCUUGUGGAACUGACCAAGGUUGUAAGAGGGCUGUGACACUUCAGGUUCUAUGUAAUCUCAUUGAGAGACAGCUGUGGAACUCGUCUGUCCAAAAUGGUUUAUGGUGAAUUUUUCCGCAGACCUGGCAAAGAUGCAGAACUUAUCAAUUUAAAUGUGGGUGGCUUUAAGCAAUCAGUGGAUCAAAGCACCUUGCUCCGAUUUCCCCAUACCAGACUCGGAAAACUUCUCAAAUGCCAUUCAGAAGAGGCUAUUCUAGAACUGUGUGAUGAUUAUAGUGUGGCAGACAAGGAAUAUUACUUUGACAGGAAUCCUUCCUUGUUCCGAUACGUUCUGAAUUUUUACUAUACGGGCAAACUUCACGUUAUGGAAGAACUUUGUGUCUUUUCCUUCUGCCAGGAAAUAGAGUACUGGGGGAUAAAUGAGCUGUUUAUUGAUUCCUGCUGCAGCAAUCGGUACCAAGAACGGAAAGAAGAAGGUCCUGAUAAAGACUGGGAUCAGAAGAGUAACGACAGUAUGGACUCCUCCAAUGAAGAGUCAUCCAUAUUUGAUAAAGAGCUAGAAAAGUUUGAUAAUCUGUGUUUUGGUGAAAUAAGAAAGAAGAUCUGGGUCAGAAUGGAAAAUCCUGCAUACUGCUUGUCUGCCAAGUUAAUUGCCGUGUCAUCCCUGAGUGUUGUUCUGGCAUCAAUUGUGGCCAUGUGCAUUCACAGCAUGCCAGAAUUUCAAAGGCUGGAUGCCAAUGACAGGCAGAUUGGAGACCCUGUGCUGGAAGCUGUGGAGAUUACGUGCAUCAUCUGGUUUACUGCUGAGCUAGUGAUCAGGCUCUUCACUGCUCCAAGUCAAAAGAAGUUCUGGAAGAAACCACUGAACAUCAUUGAUUUUGUCUCUAUUAUCCCAUUUUAUGCCACAUUGGCUGUGGACACGAAGGAAGAAGAAAGUGAAGAUAUUGAGAACAUGGGGAAAGUGGUUCAGAUCCUGCGGUUAAUGAGGAUAUUUCGCAUCCUGAAAUUGGCCAGGCACUCCGUAGGACUGCGGUCUUUGGGCGCUACUUUGAGACACAGCUAUCAAGAAGUUGGACUUCUGCUUUUGUUUUUGUCAGUUGGGAUUUCUAUUUUUUCAGUGCUUGUCUACUCUGUGGAGAAGGAUGAUGACUCGUCAGAACUGCAGAGCAUCCCUAUUUGCUGGUGGUGGGCAACCAUCAGCAUGACCACUGUUGGUUAUGGGGACACUUACCCAGUCACACUUGCUGGGAAGCUGCUUGGCACCCUCUGCAUUAUCUGUGGGAUACUGGUGGUAGCACUUCCAAUCACCAUUAUUUUCAACAAGUUUUCCAAGUACUACCAAAAGCAAAAAGCUAUUGAUAGAGACCAGUGCAACAAUGACCGCAAAGAGAAAAGCAAUGACCUACCCUAUUUUAACAUUAGGGAUAUUUAUGCAAAAAAGAUGCACUCCUUCAUUUCUAGCCUUUCUUCAGUAGGAAUCGUAGUCAGCGACCAAGAUUCAACAGAUGCCUCUAGUAUCCAAGAUAUGGAGGAUGUUUAUAACACGGUAUCUUUAGAGAAUGGUACAGGAAAAUGAGUUGAAUCACGUUUGCUUCUCUUUAUUUCUCUUCUUAUUCUUGGUAAAUGCAGACUGACAAACUUCAGUGAAUUCAUUAAGAGCAGUUGAUUCUCAGGGUACUUAACUCUCAGCCAUAUUUGGACAUUCUUUGCUCUGAGGAUGCCAUAAAAACUUCAUUGUUUAUAUGAGGCUUUAAAAUAUGCCUCAUAUAGUGGUUUAGUUUUUGCACAACUAAUGUUAUGCAUUUUUGAGACAAAAAGUUGGGAAGAGAGUUUUAAAUGUGAGAUAAGUGGUUUUUUUUUUGUUCUGUGGGUAUUGUUGUUCAAUUUGUUCAUUGUUUUUUCCCCUGCAGCAGUCUCGUAUCUUACACAGAAUUUGCUUUUACAAUUUUCUGUUCUUCAGGUAGAGAUGUAUUGCAAACAUGUAAGAACUAUUGCACAAGUUAGUUAAGUUUUUACCUGCAAAUACAUUAGAUAAAUGAAGGAAUUGUGUACAUGUAAAACUGUGCUCACUAACACAUUUAUGUAAUUUUAGAGUUGGAACCCGUUUCCUGAGUUGGGGCAGAAAAUAUAUAUUGGUACAUAUUGUUUUUACUCCAUGGAAGCAUGAUAUUUAUUAAUUUCGUUUCAAAAGCACAAUACAUUUUUAGUUUGUUAAAAUAAAUGAUUCCCAUUGUGCCUAUAUUUUUCCUAGGAUCCAGCCAUGGCCAAGCUCUAUCAGGUCCUAAAGGUUUUAAGUCGUAAGUCCCAGGAUGAAGUGUCUGGCUUAAGCAGGAUUGGAACUUUUUGUGCCAUUUAGCCACCUCUUCUGCUGUUGUGACCCUGAGCAAUUCUGGUGUCUGGAGGGGAUCCUGCUGUGAUUAAGGCCACCCCGGUGGCUUCCCCAGGGACUUUGAUUUGUGGGCAUUGAAGCAAACAUCUGUGGUGGUCUUCAGAAGUGACUGCUCCCUGGUGCCAGCCAGCUCCUUGCUGGGGGCUGCUGCCUCAGUGGUAGGAGCAGUGGGAGCAGCACCUCAGCUGCUGUGCUGGGUCUGUGUCCAGGGCUGAGGUGCUGGGCAGUGGAGGUGUGAGGACGUGCUCUUCUCUGCCAUAUGUUGCCCAUUGGAGAGGUAAGGUGGGCACUGCCGUGUUGGAACUGUUUCAGCUCAUUUUUCUAAAGCUCAUCUGCUGGUGGUGGCAGCUUUCCUGGUGUGUGCCAUGUGCUGGAGCAGUGCUCAUUGCUUGGCAGUCCUGCAGCUGUGUGUGUUCCCCUCCUCUGCAGGGAUUUCUGAAGCAGCCAGCUAACUCUGCUCUGUUCCAAGCAGUGCUGGAGAAGCUCAAGGACCUAAGAGUGUUAAGUGGACCUUAUAGCCCAUAGUGUUUUUGAACACUCAUUCUCUUUCAUUUGUCUAGUGACUAAAUCAGAUGCUGGGCAACAGGAAUCAAAGACACUGUGAUGUCAAUAUUUUCCUUAAAGAGAGGUUUGAAUAUUUUAUUUUUUUUAAUAUUACUGGGUCAAAUACAAAUGCCUGUACUAAGCUUCUAUUCAAGAAGAUAAAACUCUGUAGGAAUUGACUUCAGAACUGAGUAAGAUGCCAGAAAAUGACAAUUGAUUUUAGCUACUGCAGAAACUUGAUUUUUCAUGUGUCUGCCAGAUUUUCUAUUGCAAAAUGCAUUAAAUAACUGAGGUACACUUAAAUUUACUAUGGCACAGAGCUCUAACCUCUUUCUGACAUGGAGAAACGAAACAGAAAAGGCUCAACAUAUACAUUGUAAAGAUGUGUCUCAGGACUGCUGUGCAUCAAUAUAGUGAUUUGGGACAUAAAGAAAAUAUUUUGAGCUUUGGAGAAACCUCAGAUUUGGCUUGUUACUGGCUGACUGUUGUAAGGGUAUGUGAUGCUUCACAAAGAUAAUUCUUCCCAUAGCUCUUGUAGGAAUAACAAAAAGCAAAGUUAGUCUAAAUGUGAUUUGUUCUUGCUGAACACUUAACAUUAAAAAGAUGCAAAAAUACAAAAUACUAAAUAUGCCUGUGCAUAUGAAUCUAAUAGGAACUAACAGAAUAACAGUAAAAAAGAUACUCUCUGUCCUAAGAAAACCUCUUGGUGGUGUCCAUGUAAAGAUAUAUUUAUAUGAUACAUUGCCACUGAAGAUCAAAAGCAAUGAGAAGUAUUGUAAUGCAACAAAACCUGCAAGAAAUUGUAUUAAAUAAUUGAAAAAGUGCUACUGAAAAAUUUCA